AUGUGGUUCCUCUCUAUAGAAGCUCUUGUUGCGUUAUUGGCGCUGUUGGGUGGACUAGUUUAUUACGUCAUACGGAAGCAAUCCUAUUGGAAAGAUCGCAAUGUACCUCAUCCAAGUCCGACGUUUUUCCUUGGCAGUUUUAAAGACGCCGGAACGAAGACCCACUUCUCGGAAUAUCUGGAAAAGUAUUACAGCAUGUACAAGGGUAAACAUCCAUUCAUGGGUGUGUACAUGUUGAUAUCACCAGUUGUGUUACCUACGGAUCUGGAGCUGAUAAAAUCAAUCUUAGUCAGGGACUUCAAUUACUUCCACGAUCGUGGCUUGUACUACAAUGAGAAACACGAUCCGCUGACAGCUCAUCUGGUCAAUUUGGAGGGUCAAAAGUGGAAGAAUCUUCGCAACAAACUAACACCCACGUUCACGUCCGGAAAGAUGAAAACGAUGUUUCCUACGGUAGUUGCAGCCGGAAAACAGUUGAAGGAUUUUAUGGACAAAAACGUCGAGAAAAACAGUGAACUGGAAAUGAAGGACAUUAUGGCCCGGUUUACGACGGAUGUAAUCGGGACAUGUGCGUUCGGUAUCGAGUGUAAUAGUAUGCGUGAUCCUGACGCAGAAUUCAGAGCGGUGGGAAAAUUGUUUGUAGAUAAGCAACCAUCGCAUUUCGUCAAUUUGUUGGUUCAGUUUUCGCCGAAGCUUAGCAAGCUGUUGGGCAUCAGGCUUAUUGAUAAGGAAGUGUCGACCUUCUUCCUGAAGGUGGUUCGAGAUACCAUCGAUUAUCGAGUGAAGAACGGAAUAGUGCGCAACGACUUUAUGGACCUCAUGAUUCGCAUGCUUCAGAACAAAGAAAAUCCAGAGGAAUCGCUCACAUUCAACGAAGUGGCAGCUCAAGCGUUUGUAUUCUACUUUGCCGGCUUUGAAACGUCCUCUACUCUGCUGACCUGGACAUUGUACGAGCUGGCACUGAAUCCCGACGUCCAGGAAAAGGGUCGUCAGUGUGUGAAGGAGGUUCUGGAGAAACACAACGGGGAGAUGACGUACGAGGCUAUCCUGGACAUGAAAUAUUUAGACCAAAUUCUGAAGGAAACCUUGCGCAAGUACCCUCCACUUCCGAUGCACUUCCGAAUGACGGCUCAAGAUUAUCCCGUACCGAACACGGAUUCCGUCAUCGAGGCCGGUACAAUGAUUAUGAUUCCCAUCUUCGCCAUCCAACGUGAUCCGGAUAUAUUUCCCGAGCCGGAAAAGUUCGACCCAGACCGAUUCAGCCCUGAAGAGGAAGCGAAACGCCACCCGUUCGCUUGGACACCGUUUGGCGAGGGUCCGAGGGUAUGCAUAGGGUUACGAUUCGGCAUGACGCAGGCACGGAUCGGAUUGGCAUAUCUGCUGCAGGGCUUUAGCUUUUCCCCGUACGAAAAAACUUCCGUCCCGAUGAAGUUUGUUUCAAAUAACAUUAUAUUAUCUCCUAAGGAUGGUUUGUGGUUGAAGGUGAACAAACUAUGAAUAUUAAAGUAAGUCUAAUGAACUACUGCAGAUCAGGUGUGUAUGGCACGCCAGUAUUUGGGAACUAUUGGGAUUGUGAAAUGCACUUAAUUUUAUGUUGAAUACUCCUUGUAUAUUCGCCUGUUUAUUCGGCAACAAAAUUAAAUAUUACAGAACCAACUAAAUGUAGUCAUGAAAUGAAAGUUCAACUUAUUAAUUUUGUAUACCCAUCUUGAGCAUAAUAAUAUUCUGAGUACUGGGUAUGACAUCUGGUUUCAAAUUUUGAUCUAGUAACGAACAAGGCCACCCAGGUAUGAGAAGACAUGAGAUCUGAUCAAUUUGAUAGCAUACCUAUUUGCAGAACAUCAUUCGUCGUGUCCAAAUCCAUUCAUUUAAUCUAUAGCAGUAAAUAAGCUCCUUCACAUCCGGGGGCAUAAUAUCCUUAUUAAAGCGACAGAAAUGUUAGGUACACAGCUAACAAUAAAUGUUAUCUUACAAAUUGAAAGACUUACGAACUCGUUGUAUUCGUGCUCUUAAGAAUUGUGAACUCAUACAAAAAACUCGUAGAAGUGCUAGACCUGUAACGGAAAUACCAUAGAGAUUCACGUAUUUUUCUGUGAGGCACUGUCAUUUACAACCAAACUUAUUCGCGUCCGUUGAA